CCUGGGAGUUGUAGGGGGGUGGGACGGGCACUCUGCCCGCGACGCGCCGAGGCCGCGGUGGGUCCUGGGAAGGAGCUGUCUGAGGUCCGCGGCCUGGUCGCGGUCGGUCUCUGAGGCUCCGGAAGGCGCAGUUUGCGGGACGCUGGCGCGGGGUCCCCGUCGCAGAGCCGAGAGCGUUGCUUGCGCGGGCCGAGCUCCGCCUUCCACGCUCGGUUCUCCGCGGGCCCUGCCGUGAGCCAUGUCUCAGGGGUCAGUGACAUUCAGAGAUGUGGCCGUAGACUUCUCCCGGGAGGAGUGGGAAUGGCUCCAGCCUGCUCAAAGAGAUUUGUACAGACAUGUAAUGUUGGAGAACUAUGGCCACCUGGUCUCACUGGCAGGUCUUAACAUUUCUAAGCCAGAUGUGGUUUCCUUACUGGAGCAAGGGAAAGAGCCCUGGCUGGGGAAAGAUGCGAGCAGAGGUCUGUUUUCAGCUUCAGAGUCAAAUGGUGAGAUCAAAGAGUUUUCUCCAAAAAAUGUCAUAUACGAAGAUGAUUCAUCCGAGUAUUUGAUAAUGGAAAGAUUUCUAAGCCAAGGCCUUGAGUAUUCCAGUUUUAAAGAAGGCUGGAAAUGUGAGGGUGAUACUGAGAUGCUGCAGGGAAAUCAGGGAUAUAUCAGGCAAGUGACAGUUUCCCAUCAAGAAGCCCUGUCUCAACAUACGAAUGUUAGUACUGUGGAGAGACCCUAUGGAUGCCAUGAAUGUGGAAAAACUUUCAGUCGGCGCUUUUCCCUUGUGUUACAUCAGAGAACUCAUACUGGAGAGAAACCAUAUGUAUGUAAGGAAUGUGGGAAAACCUUUAGCCAGAUCUCGAACCUUGUAAAACAUCAGAUGAUACAUACGGGAAAGAAACCCCAUGAGUGUAAAGACUGUAAUAAAACAUUCAGUUACCUUUCAUUCCUCAUUGAACAUCAGAGAACACAUACUGGGGAGAAACCCUAUGAAUGUACCGAAUGUGGAAAGGCCUUUAGCCGUGCCUCAAACCUCACUCGACAUCAGAGAAUUCACAUAGGAAAGAAACAGUAUGUAUGUAGGAGAUGUGGGAAGGCCUUUAGCAGUGGCUCUGAACUCAUUCGCCAUCAGAUUACACAUACUGGAGAGAAACCUUAUGAAUGCGUUGAGUGUGGGAAGGCAUUUCGCCGUUCUUCACACCUUACCCGGCAUCAGAGUGUCCAUACCUCCAAAACCCCCUAUGAAUGUAACGAAUGCAGUAAAGCCUUCCGUUGCCACUCAUUCCUUAUUAAACAUCAGAGAAUUCAUGCUGGAGAAAAGCUCUAUGAAUGUGAUGAAUGUGGUAAAGUUUUCACGUGGCACGCAUCCCUUGCACAACAUAUGAAAAUUCAUAGUGGAGAAAAGCCCUAUGCAUGUACUGAAUGUGACAAAACCUUUAGUCGGAGCUUUUCCCUCAUUCUACAUCAGAUAACUCAUACUGGGGAGAAGCCCUAUGUAUGUAAGGUAUGCAAUAAAUCCUUCAGCUGGAGCUCAAACCUUGCUAAACAUCAGAGAACACACACUCUAGAGAACCCCUAUGAAUAUGAAAAUUCUUUUAACUACCACUCAUUCCUUGCUGAACACCAGGGAAUUCGCACUGUAGAGAAAACCUAAGAAUGUAUGGAUUUAAAAAAAAAAAGCAGCUAAUGCCUUACUUUGACUUCAGAGAACUCUUGGAAAGAAGCCUUAUGUGAAUGUGUUGAUUGUGAUGAAAUGUGGUCUCUGCUCUAUUCAGUAUCCUGGAGAAAAACCCAAGGAAUGUAUAGGAAAGCCAUUAACACCUGCUCAUUCUUUUUGUAAUACCAGAAGAUGAAAUCAAACAAUACUGAGAAGACUCUUCACCUGGUAGGAUUCCCUUAAUCUACAUUUGUAAAUUCCUGCCAGGAAAGGAUACAUGUCCAAUAAAUGUGAGAAAACUUUUAGAGAUUAGGUCUCAUUCUGCAUCUGUCAGCUCAGGACAGAACGCAUGGGUAAGGGUGUACUUUUUCCUGGACACCAGAAAAUUCAUAAUGAAGGAAAGUCAUACAAACAGUGAUUUGGGAAUGCCUUCAUGUACCAUGCAAUAUUUAUUAAAUUUUUAAAUACUCUUCUAAGGAGAAAAAGCAACCCUAUAAAUGAACUUAACGUAGGGUGACUUUCUGCAGUAUUUCAAACCUACAGAAUUAUCCUGGGGAAAAACUACCAUUGUAAUGAGCGUGGCAAAAAUCAUAAGAGUUCUGAGAAGUUAUACUGGAGAGAAUCGGUGUGGGAGGAUUUUUUUACAGGGGGAUGUUUGUUUGGGUUUUGUUUUUUGUUGUUUUGUUUUGAAGCAAAUUCAGAAAA